AUGCCGGGCUCGGUGGUGCCGCCGAAGCUGCCCAUCAGCGAGAUGACGGUCGCACGCACGCCGCAGGUGAUGCGGCUGGCCAAAAUGACGUACGACGAGCGGUCUCCUCGCUUCUUGCGUCACUUGCAGGCUUUGGACCACCCAAGCAAGAAGAACUGGACAACCGUCGAGCGAAUCUGCUCCGAGAUGCUCGCCACCGAGAGGGACUACGUGUCCGACAUCGCCGGGCUUGUCGAUCGAUUCCUCGAUCCGUUCGCUGCUUUCGCGGAUAGAUACAUCAAGACGAAAGAGGAGCUCCCGUCGUUCUCGGCUCUGCGCUGUUCAGCUCACUUCAUCCUCGGGGUUCACAAAGAGCUGCUCAAGCUCAUGGAGCCGCCACAACAGCGCCGCUUUUUCAACUUUUCUAACGCUCUGAACCCGAACGGCAGCUCUGGAUCUGGGCCACUUGAAGCCGUGACUCGAGUCACCGCAGCGUUCGCCUCCACUGUCGAGUACAUGAAAGCUUACGCGCUAUACUGCUCCAGUUACCUCCCAGCGACCGAGGAGCUCAAGUCGCACGCCAAGCUUCUCGACGCCUUCACGCUGUCUCAAGACGACAACAACAGCAGCAGCAGCAACAACAAUGACGAGACUUCGUUUGACGCGGUGUCGGAUCUCAUCAAGCCCGUGCAGCGCAUUUGUCGGUACUCGCUGCUAUUUCGCUCUCUAGUGCAGAACGCUACCACCCCAGAGGAGGCGCUUCUCUCUCAACAUGCUCUGGAAAGUAUCCAACGAGUGUCCGACCAGGUGAACGCUCGUGUUCGAGACGCCGAGAGCAACGUGCGCUUGGUGAGCAUCAACAACAGCAUCGACAACACAAAGGCUGCGGCCAAGUUGGAGCUCUUGCGUCCCGGACGCACGCUACUCUGUGAGAUGCCAGCCGCCGUUCAACUGAUCGAUCGACGCGCACGCUUGGCUCGGGCUCUUCACUUGCAUCGAGCAAGACAAAACAGCGGAAUCGCCAGGGAGGAGACGGCCUUGCGUGACAGCCUCACCUCGAAUGGCCACGAGCGCAGCAAGGACCGACAGCGGGUUAUCCUGUUGUCCGACGCACUGCUCAUCGCUAACAAGAGCAACUUCCGACUGCGUGUUCGCCGGCACAUUUGCCUUUCGUGUGCAACGGUGAUCGAGGCCAAUGAGACUGAAGACGGUACUGAGUCUGAGUCCUGCGCGCGGUCGUUCGCUCUGCUGGCAUCGAAAACCGGUCGCUGCAAUUGCCAUAACCUCAGCCCGAGUACGUUGAAGAGGCCGGUCAAGCGGCGCUACUCGCUGUCGAGAAGUAUGUCGCAGCUCGCAUACAUCGUUCACUGCGAGAGCGAGCAGAAGAAGAAGGAGUUUGUGGCGCUGCUGCGUGGCGCCAUCGCGCGCUGUGCUCGGUCGGAAGAGCCACCGCGCUCGUCUAUUGGCCUAGCUGCCACCAACCUGUCGGCGAAGCUGUGGCAGUCCAUCAAGCAGCGCGAUUUCUCCCAGACGCUGGUGUUGGGGUACGGGAGUCUGCUGCGUCGCCGUGCGAACGCAAUGGCGUCCGUCUGUCGCGACGAAGAGAUCAACGGCAGCACCGACGAAUCCAACUCGGACGAUGCUCCAUCGAGCCACCAGAACCAGCGGCUCCUCCGAACGUCCAGGCUGGCAACGUCCGGGGCUGCGUAG